CGCAGCGCUCGUGCAGCGGUCCGCGCGCCUCGCUCUACUCCCACGAGCCGCAUUCCAACAUGACUUAAGAAGCGCAGCCCGGGUCUCUUCCGGCCAGCAGACGGCCGCAGCAUCCCGGCGGCACCACAUUGGCAACUUUUUGUUUCUUCCCCCGUCCCCCUGCUCCUCAGCGGGCUCUGUUUGUCAUCCAUUCCCGGGGGUAACAGCAGUUCCGUGGAUGAAAAAAAAAUAAAGAACAAAAAAGGAGGCUGCUUGUUUUUGUUUACUUCGGGGAUCCGCAUGGAUGUGGCAGCGGUAGAGGGGGCGUCUCAGCCGGGUAUCCGACUCCGGAAUCGGCCGACGCAAGUGAUGCCGAACCAGAGGAAGGUCCAAGCGAGGCGGAAGAGACGAAAGGAGUUGGUUUUAAUCCAGAUAUGUCUGUUCGGCGGCUUGCUUCUGGUCGUGAAGGGGUUUUCCUACUUGGCGGAACAUUCAGGUUUCCGUGUCUCCAGCCACAGCGGUGAGGACCAGGAGAGAUGGGGAGGGAGGAGGCUACUGCAGGAAACGGACAACAGCAGCCUAGAGGACAUGGAGAAGGAAGACUCUAAGAACUGUACUGCUCCAGCUCUGCACGAGUUCCCGACAGACCUGUUCACCAACAAAGAGAGAACAGAAGGCGCCGUGGCCCUGCAUGUCCUGUGUACCGUUUACAUGUUCUGUGCCCUGGCCCUCGUCUGUGAUGACUACUUCGUCCCCUCGAUGGAGAAGCUGUGUGAGCGUCUCGAACUCAGCGAGGACGUAGCAGGUGCUACCUUCAUGGCCGCUGGCAGCUCGGCUCCUGAGCUCUUCACAUCCAUCAUAGGGGUGUUCAUAACCAAAGGUGACGUGGGUGUUGGGACCAUCGUGGGUUCAGCCGUCUUCAACAUCCUCUGCAUCAUCGGUGUGUGUGGCUUCUUCGCCGGCCAGGCAGUGAAGCUCUCUCAUUGGGCUCUACUCCGAGAUUCUAUUUUUUACACCUUUUCCAUCAUGGCCCUGAUUGCGUUCAUCUACGAUGAGAAGGUGUGCUGGUGGGAGUCUCUCGUCCUGAUUCUCAUGUAUGCCGUGUACAUCCUCAUCAUGAAGUUCAACAACAGGGCCCACCGCUACUUUGACCGCCUCAAGAGGAGCUCUGUGAACCUGUCCAACGGGCUGACGGGGAGCACGGAUCUAGAGGACAAUGUCACGUGUGACGCCACGGCAGUCCUGCUCAAGAAAGCUAACUUCCACUGUAAGCCGUCUGUGCUGAUGGUGGAUGAGCUGCUGUGUGCGUACCCCCACCAGAUGUCCUUCUCCGAGGCCGGCAUGAGGAUCAUGAUCACCAGUCACUUCUCCCCCAGGACCCGCCUCACCAUGGCCUCACGCAUGCUGAUCAACGAGAGACAAAGGCUGAUCAACACCACCGAGACCCGAGUCAACCGCGUCACCAACGGCGACCCCGACUCCACCGCCAGGGCUCAGGCGAGGCGGGGCUUAGUGAACGGGAUGGGCGGAGCUGAGCCGGGUCUGAACGGGAGGUGUGGACUUCAGCGGAUGGAGUCCGGCAACGAGACCGAGAAGGAAAAUGAGGAUAAUGAGAACAACGAGAACGACGAGGACGGAGAGGGAGAGGAAGACGAUCAUGGCCCCCUGGUGCCUUUCAAAGUUCCAGCCGGGGCCUGCAACAAGCUGAAGUGGCUCACCAUGUGGCCGCUGUCCCUGCUUCUGUUCCUCACCGUGCCCAACUGUGCCAAGCGGCGCUGGGAGAGGUGGUUCAUGGUCUCCUUCUUCACCGCCACCCUCUGGAUCGCUGGCCUCUCCUACAUCAUGGUCUGGAUGGUGACUGUGAUCGGCUUCACCCUGGGCAUUCCAGACGUCAUCAUGGGCAUCACCUUCCUGGCAGCAGGCACCAGCGUCCCAGACUGCAUGGCUAGUGUUAUAGUCGCACGGCAAGGUCUGGGGGACAUGGCCAUCUCCAACUCCAUCGGCAGUAAUGUGUUUGACAUCCUGGUGGGCCUGGGCCUGCCCUGGACUCUGCAAACGCUCUGCAUCGACUACGGCUCCGAGAUCCAUCUCAACAGCAGGGGGCUCAUAUUCUCCGUUGGACUCCUGCUUGCCUCCGUAUUUGUCACAGUUCUCGGCGUCCACCUGAACAAAUGGACUCUGGACUGGCGACUGGGCCUGGCCUGCCUCGUCCUGUACGCCAUCUUCCUCUGCAUCUCCAUCAUGAUCGAGUUCAACGUCUUCAUCUUCGUCAACCUCCCCAUGUGCCGAGACAUCCACUGACCUCCCCCUUCCUGCCUCUGGUUGAUGGAGGAAACCUCACCUGGCUUCCAGUUUCUCUGCGCCUUGAAGACAAGUCCUACCUUUUUUCUUUUUUUCUCUCUUUUGGUGCGAUAACACCAUAAGUUGUAGUUAGUUUGUUGGGACCGGACCGGAGAGGUGGCCUCCGAUCGUCUCAUGAACCCAAAGGUCGUGUUCUGCUCCUGCUGCUGAAGACGCUGCUACUGGCUGGAGGAACGAGAGAGAUCCUGCGCUAACGGACCUUUUUAGCUGGAUUCUUUGUUACUCUUUGUAAAAGUUUGGAUAUAAGCACACCACUUAGGUAUUUUGAAUUAAAUCCUGGCAUUCUCUGUAAAUAUAUAUAUGUAUAUAAAUAUAUAUAUAAUAUUAGCUGAUACGUGGGAUUCUCUUCUGCACCACUGCAUCAGGGCUUGCCGAGCCCAACGAUCUGGUGACAGUGACUUCAUCAUCCGUCCUCCCGUAGUGAUCUGGUCCAGAUGUUUCCGUGCGCAGCACCAGCUACACAGCAUGCUGUACUAACAAGUCAACUGUAGCUUUGCACUGACAGAGUCCAGAUGUUUUAACACACUGUUCACAUCCCAACACACGUCUGCUUCCUUCUACUAAUCGUAUUAAUAAUACUGAAUAAAAGACACAUAGCUAAGGCAUCUGUUAUGAGGGAACUGACAUCCAGCACUGUCACUUUAGAAGCAUUCUUCCAUCAUUGCAAAGCGUCUGCAGGUACACAACUACUGAAUUCACAGUUCCCUCUAGCCGGUAGAUGUCAUGUUCAUAUUAAAGAAUCCUUUUUGAGUGUAAUAAUUGUUACUGCUUUAAGCCAAAAGUAUUUUUAGAAUAGGAGUAAACAUUUUUUAGAUUUGGACUUGUGUGUGUGUGUGUGUGUGUGUGUCUGCGCACACAUGCAUGCAUGCAUGUCACAGUCUCGAGGGGGAGCCAAGGCAUGACUGUUACUGGGAAGACAUAAUCAUGAUUUAUUUAUGAAUUAAUUUAUUCAAAGAUCAUGUCUAACCACCAGUUUCAGCCCUUUGGACGAGCUUGGUGUAUUUACUGGAGCGUACCUAACAUGUAAUCCAAGUACUGGGAACUGACUUGAUGUUGUUUAUAUCUAAGAAUAGUACUUUAUAAUGUAUAAGUUUUGUAUAGUUUGGAAAGACAUUGCAACAUUUGUAUAUUGAUAAAGAGUCACUCAACAUGAUUUCUUAAACACAGGGGUCGUUGUGAUGACGAUGGGGGGGUGAUGAAGAGGGAUUUCUUAACACAGUGCUCUUGUGCCAACACCUCCUGCUUGUCUUUGAGCCCAAAACAAACACCUUUGUCAACAGUAUUCAGCAUGUGUUCUAACUAAAUGUGGGAGGUAUGUAUUUCAAUGUUUUACCUUGAACGAUUCUCAUUGAGAAUUCUCAUAUUAAAUAGAGUUUCAGUAAAAAGAAAAACUAAAAGAAAAAGAAAAGAAAGCCUCCUCUGUAGGUGUUGCUGCUCUUCCUGCAGCCACUAGAGGGCGCUGCUGAGCGCUGUGGGUCAUUGACACACUCGCUAUGAGGUGGUGAGGGAAUAUUUACAGGUAGGCUACUAGAGAUACGCACCGCUGGGUUUGCAUGCCUCUUUCAUCAUUCAGAUUAUUUUGUGUGUAAUUUUAAUGCAUUGCUGAGCUCAUAUUCCUGCUGUUAGAAAACAUGUUGGAAUAACUGAGCGGUGAGAUCUGAGAUCUGUCCCUAUUUAGACCGUAGGCCUACAGUUAGUGUUCAGCUGAUCAGUGUUAUGCUCGUGUCUCUUUGAAUUGUUUGUAAAUCCUCAUUUCUUUUGUUGACGAGGACCUCUGGGCACAGAGAUGAAGACCCUGUUCCCAGUGGUCUUCUUGUAAUAAACUGAUUUACAUACACAACUCACUCCCCCAUGUCUUUGUGG